UUUACUUUUCUCAAUCUCUCCUUCCAUUUUAUGUUUUCUGUUUCUGAGAUAUCACUUAAAUAGUUGGAGAUCAGGGAAGGGAAGAACAGCAAAAUGCAUAGCGAAAGGGGUAAGUAUGUAAUGUCACCUGAGCUCGCGAUCAAGAGGGAGAUGGCGUAUCUAAAACAGUUGGAAUUGAUGCAGCUGAUUCAAAAGAGUGAAUCCAAAAAACUCCCUCCACCUCCAACUCAAACAUCAAUGCCAGUUCCGUGGCCAACUUCAGGGACAGGACAGGGCCAAAUUCCGAACUCAAGGCCUCCCAUGGUAAGCAAGCAUCCAUCACCUAGUACAAGUCACAAGCCAUCCCCAUCACCAAUCCUGCAACCUGGUCCAAGGCCUAGAACAAUGCUGAGCCGAACUCCACUCUCAGCUCGAGGCCCAAGUUUACUGCCAAAACCCUUUUUUCCGUCACAGGCAGACCCGCGGCCACAAUCUAUGAUAGUAGCUCCACGUCCAUACAUGAGGCCUCAAAGCUCAGGUUCCCUUCCAUGGCCGAAGUCAUCACAUGUUGGCUUGACUACUGGUGCAAGGCCUGGUUUAUUACCCACCCCUUCGCCACGCAGGAUGUUAAAGCCUACUAUAGACAACUCUAGCCACAAAAGGAAAGAGGCACCUACUCAUCAGUUUCAGGCUAAUAAUCAUACUAGUAAGGUGCAGAAGCUAUUUUGUGAGGUGUGUGAAGUUCAUAGCACUUCUUAUGCUAAUUAUCAGAUGCAUAUUAUGGGUCAAAAGCACAAAGCUCAGGUGAAAAAAGGCAAGGAAAUCGGAUGCACGAAUGAUAAUAGUAGACUGUACUGUAAUUUGUGUGACAUUUGGUGCAUGAAUGAGUUUUCUUUGAAGCAGCACCUUAGUGGCAAGAAUCACACCCUCAAAGUUCAUGUUGCUGAGAAGUGAAAGUUGAAGCAUCACAUGUUUAUGCUUGGAUUACCGCUUCUUCUUACUCGUCAGUGAGCACUAGUUUAUAUGUGAUGUUGACUAAUUUGGUUAAUUAGUUUAUGAGUUAUUAGAGUAUAUAGAUGCUUAAUUAUUCUACUUGUUAGUGAAAGUUAGGCAUGUUUAUGUUUGGAUCCUCGUUUGUUCUUACUUGUUAGUGAACACUGGUUUUCAUGUGAU